CUCAUUUCUCCUCCCCCGCCUGCUACCCCGCCACCCACCGCUUUGGUCUUCAAUUAGCCGCCGACGGUGGAGCAGGGAAGGCGCGCAAGGCUGCAGGCUGCGAGGAUGGGGAGGAGCCAUGCAGAACAAAGGUCUGUCACAACUGUGCUUCAUGCUUGUCGCCUCCUGUCUGCAAGCAGCUGAAUGUUUCCUGCUCGGUAUCAGGCAGAAAGGAAUGGAUGAGACACAAUGAGAGAUUCAGAUGCUGAUGGACCUCCAGUCAGAUGCUUCCUUCUAGACUUCAUACCUUCAUUUGUUUGGUAGCAGAAUACAAAGUAGUCAUCGUGGGAGGACAAGAAAAGCUCUGGGCACUGGGUUUUGGACUGGACUGCAAGUCAGCGUGAUAUCUUCUGCUUUUCAAUAGUUGGGCAACCAUGGAGAAUCUGUCCCAGGACAUACUGCUGGAGUGUCAGAUUUGUUUCAAUUACUACAGCCCACGGAGGAGACCCAAGUUACUGGACUGUAAGCAUACUUGUUGCUCUGUUUGCCUUCAGCAGAUGAGGACCAGCCAGAAGGACUUGAGGUGUCCAUGGUGCCGAGGUAUCACUAAACUCCCACCUGGGCUCUCUGUCUCCCAGUUGCCAGAUGAUCCGGACGUCGUUGCCGUGAUUGCUAUACCCCACACUUCAGAGCACACUCCAGUCUUCAUCAAACUUCCUAGCAAUGGGUGUUACAUGUUGCCCUUGCCCAUUUCCAAAGAGAGGUCUCUAUUGCCUGGAGACAUUGGCUGUCGUCUCUUGCCAAGCAGCCAACAGAAGUCUCUCACUGUGGUCACAAUCCCAGCUGAGCAACAACCACUGCAGGCUGGGAUGCCGCAGGUUAUAGGAGACGAGGAGCAAGACCAGAGGGGCAUUGUGAAAAGCUCCACCUGGUCAGGGGUUUGCACUGUCAUCCUGGUGGCCUGUGUCCUAGUUUUUCUUCUCGGUAUUGUCCUCCACAAUAUGUCAUGCAUCUCCAAACGUUUCACUGUUAUCUCCUGCGGCUGAAAGAAGGCUGCAGCAAGCUCCUCUUGUGAGCUAGAUUUAGGGGUUUGGGAGGGUGGUAUUGAUGGUGACGGGAGGCCAGGAGGUGAAAUGCUGUCACAUGGACUGAAUCAUUGAUGCCAGGCAAGCUGACUGACAGUCCAGAGUCUGCUGUAAAAAGUAGGGCAACAAGAUCCGCUGAUAGAGUGUGAGGCAUACCCGGUGCUUCUCUGCUCAAAGAAGACUGCAUGCAUACUCACUUAACAAAUGAUCUGUAAUCUAUAAUGAUUUCAUCAUGUUAUGAGAUUAAAGAUGUCUAUUUAGCUGGUUCUACUGUACAGGUCAUGAUCUUUCCCUUUCUUUUUCUCUGUCUCUUCAGAGUAGUUGAUUUACAAAUGAAAAUUCUGUAUGUUCAAGUAGAAUUAAACAUUGGAAUGAAGACAGUCAAUCUACCCAGUGUUCUCCAGACAUAGCAAAAACGUAAUUCUCUCUUUAUUUUUCAAUAGCAGCAGGGAAAAGUAUGAAAUGUAAUCAUUUAGGCCAUGAGGACUUUUUUUUGUAUCUUUCAAAUUGCACAUUCAUGAAAAUGGUUUUAAAAAUUUGUCCCACAGGUAUAGAAAGGGAACAUUUUUUAAAAGUAUUGAAAAUCUUCUAGAUGUAAUAUAUGUGUAAGUUUAUGCUCAUUCUAUUUUCUUCUGUAGUUUAAAUGAUUUUGUUUGUUUGUUUGUUUGUUAAAAAAAAUUGAAAUGAGACCAUAAGCAUAAUAGCAAUAAAGGAAGCUAGGAAGGAUAUCUAGAAGUCUGGCCAAAA